CUUCUCUGCCAAUAUCCUUUUACACCACAUUGAUCAAUCUAUAUAUACAUAUAUAUAUACACAUAUAUACAUAUAUUUACACACACACACUCUUUCUGUAUCUAUUGAUACAAACACAUAUAGUCUCUGUUGGUGAUUUUUUUUUUUGGAGAUUAGAGACUAUGGAGCUUGUUCAGGAACUCCUCAUGACUGCUGUUUUUGCAGUUAUUUUCUCUUUUCUUGUUGCUAAGCUCGUUUCAAUGGCGGUGACUGGUGAUGAUCGAUGCGAUUCAACUAAGAAUGUUGAUUUCGAAACAGUCGUGGAGGAAAUGAAAUUCGAUGGAGGAUUGAGAGUUCAGAGUCAUGAAACUAGUAAAAGAAGUGUUCAAUUUGUGGAACAAGUUCUCGGAAAGGUCGACCAAAUUGAAGGUGAAAGAUCAGUGCAGGUUCAUGAAGAAAGCCCGGAGGUAUCGCUUCGCGAGGAGAUACGCGAUGCUGCUGAUCGGAUCGAGGUGGAGGGGAGUACGGGAGAGGUACCGGAGGUUGUCGGAUCGCCAGAGAAGUCAUCGGUAGGUUUUGAUAAGGAGGAGGCGGUGGCGGUGGCGGUGGCGGAGGUUGUCACGUCAUCGGAAGGGGAUAGAGAGGAGGCGGUGGCGGUGGCAGUGGCAGUGGAGGAGGUUGUCGGUGCGUUUGGAUAUGGAGGAGUUAAGGAAGAUGCUGCAGGUACUGGUACGGAUGGAUUGGCUGUUGAAGAAAGGAGUGGAAGUACAAAGGAUGAUGAAGUUGUUGGUUUUAGGGAAGAAGAGAAUAUGGUGAGUAGUUUGGUUGUUGAAGAGAAGACGGUGGGUAGUUUGGUUGUUGAAGAAAAGAUUGGUGAGAAUGAUAGGGAUGAUGAUGGUACUGGUGUGGAAUCGGUGAGUGAGAAGAUUAGGGGUGUGGGAAGCGGAGAGAAUUAUCAGGGGAGUGGAAUUGGAGGGGAAUUGAAAGAGGGGAGUGGAAUUGUUGAGGAAGAAUUGGUUAGUGAUGAGGAUGAUUGGGAGGGAAUUGAAAGGAGUGAGUUGGAUAAGGAUUUUGCUGCAGCUGCAAAUUAUGUUGGUUAUGGGGGAAAGGAUAAUCGGUUGGGGAAUUUGGGCAGUGAUGUGCAGAUGCAGUUGUAUGGGCUUCAAAAGGUUGCCAUGGAAGGACCUUGCUACGAGCCUCAACCCAUGGCACUGAAGGUCUCUGCCCGUGCCAAAUGGAAUGCAUGGCAAAGUCUGGGGAACAUGAGCUCGGAGGUUGCGAUGGAGCAGUAUAUUACCCUUCUUUCUGAUAGAGUUCCAGGAUGGAUGGAAGGUGGCGAUUCAGCUGUAAAUGGUAAGCAAGGCUCUUUAGAAUCAGGAAUACAUUGUGCUCCAGAUUCCAGUAUGGCCACAUUCCUAAACAAGGGACCAAAUUCUAAGAAAGAAAGGUCUGUCAGUGAAGUGGAACUGAAGACUGAAACUGGUGGAGGUGAGGGGAUCGUGGCUUCAAACAUAGUGAACAAGGACAAAGAAUGACAAGCAAUGGUCUGCUGAUUGAUUUACGGAGUCAAAUGGGGGCAUUAUUCUGGGUUUGCUUUAUAUAUUAUAUAAUACAGGACUAAUUCCUGCUGUGAAGUCUAGUAGUGUGUGCUUCAAGAAUGGGAGGUUCUUGAUCUGCUGUUUAUUAUGAUAUAAUUUAUUUGCUCCUAAUUUAUGUUCAUAUUACAUGUCUAUGGCAACGGUUAUGAAUCUAGCUGAAUAUAUUUACCUGCGUCCCCAAUAUUCAUCAUCUUAAUGGGAAUUAUAUUUAUAAGAUUGUACAUUA